CAGCAGGGGAGCUCGCACCAGGAAGCUGACUUAACCCAAACCACUCAGCGAUUUCUCGUCAUACUAUAUCUGGGUCUGCUGCCACUGCUGCCUCCAGAUGAACUAAACGCAGACUCUAGGACUGAUUUGGCCAGUACGUGCAGUGCUACCUGGUUACUUCUUCUUUUUUUUUUUUUCUUUUUCUAUAAUAUAAUUGUUCUGAUCUGGUUAAAAAUAAGCCAUCUGAAAACCAAGAACACAGAACUCCACUCUUCUUUUUUUCCUCCCCUAUCUCGCUUAGAGUAUUUGACUUCCGUAACGUUUAUUUUCGACAGCCACUUUCAGCUUCCUGCGUCUGCCGUGUUUCCACCUGUGGAUGGGGCGGGAGUGGGGCUGUGGCAUCCGGAGGAGGCCGGCUUUAACAAAGGAUUUGUCCUGAAGAAAACAUUUACAGAGGAAAAAGAAACAUAAUUUGACUCACUGAAGAAUUAAAACUGACAGCACCACAGAGCUGUGUGGGAGAAAAGGGGAUUUUAGACUCAAGUGACACAAUCAAAUCUUGAAGUGAAGAAGUUUGGAUGGCUUCUCACCAAAUGGAAGUGAUCUAGAGAGCCCUCUGAGAACGUUGCAUCUCCGCAUCCAGCUCCUACUGCGUCGAGACGGUGCACUUGGACCUGGACAUUAAUAAAAUGCUGGAUUCAAUCAAGUGUGUACUGGUGGGAGACUCCGCAGUGGGGAAAACAUCACUCUUGGUACGUUUCACCUCUGAGACUUUUCCAGAUGCUUACAGACCCACUGUGUAUGAAAAUACGGGAGUGGAUGUCUUCAUGGAUGGUGUACAGAUUAGUCUAGGUCUUUGGGACACAUCUGGCAGUGAUGCCUUCAAAGGCAUUCGUCCCCUCUCAUACCAGCAGGCAGAUGUGGUGUUAAUGUGCUACUCAGUGGCAAACCACAACUCCUUUCUAAACCUGAGGAAUAAAUGGAUUGGCGAGAUCCGCAACCACUUGCCCCGCAUCCCCGUAUUGGUAGUGGCUACUCAGACUGACCAGCGAGAUACAGGGCCCUACAGUUCCUCCUGCAUCAGCCCGAUGGACGGAAAGCGCCUCGCCCAGGAUGUCCGGGCCAAAGGCUAUUUGGAGUGCUCUGCCCUCAGCAACAGAGGAGUGCAGCAGGUGUUCGAGUACGCGGUCCGCACGGCGGUCAAUCAAGCCAAAAGACAGAACAGGCGGAAGCUCUUCUCCAUUAACGAGUGCAAGAUCUUUUGAGUCCCGUCAGCAGUGGUUUUGCCCAUGUUCGCUCUUUCUUUCUUUGCACAAAGAUAUAUCUAUCAGCAGAGACAGUGGAAGGCAAAUCAAAGGAGGACUCCUGGCAGGAUCACAGAGUACAGGUGCCCCUAAUGAGACAGAGAGAUGCUCUGUCUGAUCUGCCUUUCUUUUUUCUUUUUUUCCUUUCCACAGGUACUAUCUUUAAAAAUGAAAGGUACAGGUAAAUGCCCUUCUUCACAAAUCUGUGUAUGGACUUUGCCAGUCUGGACUGGCAUGGGCCUAGUUGGGAGAUUUACAGAUCAUAGCUGUGCUGAUUUUAUUGUUGUCAUUGAUGUUUCUCAGUUGUUGGUUUGUCUGCAUUUAUUUAAUGAUGGAAACUUCUGCCCGGAUCUAACCCUCUGCUGACAAGUCGGUCCAUGUGGAAUUUUUGUAUUCUAAGAACUUUGUACAUAAAGUCUGACCACUGUGUAAUCUAUUUAAAAGACUUUUGUAUAUGUUGUAAAAUCCCGACAGAGAUUAUUUUCAUAUACUGGAAGUUCUUCCUGUAGCUAGCCACAAAAGCAAAUUGUCCUAUCCAUAAAACAAUGGCCUGCAGCCUAGCAGUUCUUACACAUGUCCAAGUUACUACACAAUAGUAAUCAAAUCCAGUGUGUCCAGUGCUGGAGUGAUCAAAAAUUACUGACAUUUGAGAGCUGUCCUGCAGCUUUGAGAUUUAUUUUGUUAUGUUUGUCUCAUUCCUAGCAGACUUGAGACUGUCUCAACAAUGUCAUCAAUGAUAGGAUGAACUGGGAGGAAACUAACCUGAUUUCUUCCUAAACUUGACCUAGUUAAAACCCUAGAGGGGUUGGCUUGCAGUCAGGGCUGGUUUAGGUAUAUGGGUGGGGUGACAGAGAUCUGUGCUAUUGCCUCUGUUGCCCCUGCAGUAUUUCUGGUGGCAAAAGAUUUCAGUCUGCAGGGAUGGAAGGUAUUUUUUCAGGAGAACUAAAAUUCUCACAUUUUUAGUAUGCUUUUUUUUUUUUUCCAAACAGUGGUUUUAUUGAAAGUAGUCACUAAAUGUAAUACAAAAUUAAGUGCAUGGCAAUGUUGUAUGCACAUAUUUAGAAUGGCUGAAUAACUUUUUUGGUGUUUGCAUACUGAGCAUAAUUACCUGGAUUGUAUGAAACAAAGAGUGAAACAGGCUUUGCAUCCUGGGGAGCCUGGCAAAUAUAAGAGUCAAAUCCUGAGGUACUUGGGAGUUACUCUCCUGCAGAGAAAGCCAGUCUAAGGAGGUGGGAACUCCACAUGUGUAAGAGAGCUCUACUGGAAGAUGGAUGUUGGUUCAGCACACAAUGUCAUAAAUUCUUUGUGAUUUGCAGUGUCCCCCAUCUCUUUAUGUUAUCUAUGCAAAACCCUCUGCUCCGCGGCAUCCCUCAGAUCUUGCAAAUCUGUCUCAUCCCAAAGUUUCUGCUGCCCACAGCAGAAAUCCCUUCGGGGGAUUUCUUAGUGUGCCAAGAUUUUUGUUCUCUUUCCCUGUCCUUUAGCUAGCCCAGAACUGGCUUUCGAGAGGCUUAUAGCAUAGCGUCAGGAGAGGUGGCACAUGAAACUGUAGGAUGAGUCUCUCUCCCCGUGGAUCCCAAGAGAAUGACCUCAGUUUUGAAUGAGACCUAACUCAUGUAUUUCAAUAGGAAUGGAUGCAAUGGCUUACCUGAUUCAAAUCCAAGGUGGGAUUUCGGGAGUUACCUUACUUAGCAAAUAAGCUAUAGCUCAGAUUUACCUACAGUUUCUUCCUGAAAAAGCAACCAGGUGCUCUUCUCAGUGCUCUGUUCUUCCUCUGAGCUUCUCUAUGAAGGGAAAUUACAAAUUAAAUCGUUCUCCUCCUACGAAUCCCAGAGAUGAUCUGACUUGUGAGGUAGUAUUUGCCUUAUGGCUGCCUUGAAGAGCAACUAUGCACCCACCACCUCCCAGGCUGGUGAAUAUUUAGUGCUCAUCAACCUUAUUUGAAGGGAGACUUCUUGUCAUAAAAUACAUAUUGGUCUCAUGUGAGGCUUUUGUAUCAGCUUUAAAUCCUUACAAGCUUCUGCACCUAGAACACAAGACGAGGGUUCCUGUCACCACCCAGCCUUCCUGUGAUAUUCUCUUUCCUGCCACUCUUUCUCGUUCUAAAACUUCAGGCAUAGACUGCAAACCCUUUGCCCCCUGAAACACUAAAAUUGAUAAUGUUUGUAAAAGAACCUGAACUGCAUGAUACUUAUGUGUAGUUACAUAAGUGCCUACAUAUUUGCAGUCCUCAAUUAAAGACCUUUUGCCUUUUGGAACAUACACCUUUCUACAUCUCAGCUCUUGCAAUGCUUCUUCACUGACAGUUGUGUUUUUUGUAACCCUAAUUUAAAAGUAGCUAUUGUUACUGUUUGAACAUUAAAGAACACAUGCAAAAUA